UCCAUUUUGGUGUUUUUUCUAGUUUUUCCUUGGACCAAGAUGACUGAUGGAAACCUUUCCACCACUACAAAUGGCGUAGCCUUGAUGGGCAUUCUGGACGGUCGACCAGGAAACCACGUUCAGAACCUGCAACACUUGAAUCUCAAGGCACCCAGAUCCCUCUCGUUGCCUGAGUAUGGGCCCAAGCUGAAACUUGGUGCUUUAGAAGAUCGGCACAGCCUCAAAUCGGUGGACUCAGGCAUCCCUACCCUAGAGAUCGGCAACCCGGAACCUGUCCCCUGCAGCGUGGUCCACGUGAAGAGGAAACAGUCCGAGUCGGAGAUCAUCCCUGAGCGAGCCUGCCAGAGCGCGUGCCCACUGCCUUCCUACGCGCCACCAGCUCCCACCAGUGCCGAGCGGGAGCAGAGUGUGCGGAAGUCCUCCACGUUUCCCAGGACAGGCUAUGACUCGGUGAAGCUCUACAGCCCCACCUCCAAAACCCUGAACCGCAGCGACAAUGUCUCAGUCUGCAGCGUGUCCAGUCUCGGCACAGAGCUGUCAACCACGCUGUCCGUCAGCAAUGAGGACAUCCUGGACCUCGUGGUCACGAGCAGCUCCAGUGCCAUCGUGACCCUGGAGAAUGACGAUGACCCACAGUUUACUGACGUCACCUUGAGCUCCAUCAAGGAAACCCGUGACCUACGGCAGCAGGACUGUGUUGAUGAAACUGAGGAGGGGAGGAAAUUGAAAAUAUUGGGACCAUUUAGUAACUUCUUUACAAGGAAUUUGCUUGCUAGAAAACAAAAUGCAAGACUUGACAAACAAAAUGACUCGGGAUGGAAGUUAUUUGGAAAAGUACCACUCCGAGAGAAUGCUCAGAAAGAGUCAAAGAAAAUACAAAAGGAAUAUGAAGACAAGGCUGGACGACCUAGCAGGCCACCCUCUCCAAAGCAGAAUGUGAGGAAGCAUCUUGACUUUGAGCCUCUUUCCACCACCGCACUCAUCCUGGAAGACAGACCAGCAAAUCUCCCGGCGAAGCCAGCUGAAGAAGCUCAGAAACACAGGCAACAGUAUGAAGAAAUGGUGGUUCAGGCCAAAAAACGAGAGCUGAAAGAAGCCCAGAGGAGGAAAAAGCAGCUGGAAGAAAGAUGCAGAUUAGAAGAAAGUAUUGGAAAUGCUGUCCUCACUUGGAAUAAUGAGAUUUUGCCUAACUGGGAAACAAUGUGGUGCUCUAGAAAAGUUCGAGAUUUAUGGUGGCAGGGAAUCCCUCCCAGUGUGAGAGGCAAAGUCUGGAGCUUAGCCAUUGGCAACGAGUUAAACAUCACCCAUGAGCUCUUUGACAUCUGUCUUGCCCGAGCCAAGGAGCGGUGGCGGUGCUUUAGCACGGGAGGCUCUGAAGUGGAGAAUGAAGAUGCUGGUUUUUCAGCAGCAGACAGAGAAGCCAGUCUGGAGCUAAUUAAACUGGACAUUUCCAGAACGUUCCCUAAUCUCUGCAUUUUCCAGCAAGGUGGCCCGUACCACGACAUGUUGCACAGCAUUUUGGGCGCUUACACUUGUUACCGACCGGAUGUGGGUUAUGUUCAGGGCAUGUCCUUCAUAGCGGCCGUGUUGAUCUUGAACUUAGAUACUGCAGAUGCCUUCAUUGCUUUUUCUAAUCUUUUGAAUAAACCCUGUCAAAUGGCGUUUUUCCGAGUGGACCACGGCCUUAUGUUGACUUAUUUUGCUGCAUUUGAGGUAUUCUUUGAAGAAAAUUUGCCGAAAUUAUUUGCUCAUUUCAAGAAAAACAACUUAACUCCAGACAUCUACCUAAUCGAUUGGAUCUUUACUUUAUAUAGCAAAUCUUUGCCCCUGGAUCUGGCCUGUCGCGUAUGGGAUGUGUUCUGUCGUGACGGGGAGGAGUUUCUGUUCCGCACGGCCCUGGGCCUCCUGAAGCUGUUCGAGGACAUCCUGACCAAGAUGGACUUCAUUCACAUAGCCCAGUUCCUAACACGGCUGCCCGAGGACUUGCCUGCAGAGGAACUUUUUGCUUCCAUAGCUACAGUUCAGAUGCAAAGUCGAAACAAGAAGUGGGCUCAGGUACUGACCGCCUUGCAGAAGGACAGCCGGGAGAUGGAGAAAGGAAGCCCAUCUCUCAGACACUGAGGCGGCAGGUGGACUUGCGCUCGGCACUGAAGCAGUUCUCCAAGUGGCACCUGUGUUGUGUCAGGCGGACACACUGGCAGCUCCGAAGAACAGGGGCUAUUUUCAUGUUUGAUUCCUAAUGCUGGAGUUGGCCUUAAAACAAAACAAACAAAAAAACUUUUAAAAGAAUUAAACCAAGGCUAAGCCUUAAGAAGCUCAGUGGAAUGAUGGCCAUGGCCAACCGCUGCGUAUUCUGCAUGGUUUAAAAAUAGGGCAGUGGCGAAUCCCCUCCCCUCAUUUCAGCAAAAGUUAAUUAAAUUGUAAUGCUUUUAUGUCAACUACUGGAAAGUACAUUACAAUUUUUCAUAGCCAGGGUGCAUGAGAAAUGUUAUUUGGGAGACCUCAGAGAUGUUAUUGGCUCAUAUUUACAUAUUUUCGUCAGAAAGGGAUUGCUGAUUUAGUUACCGAGAUAAUCUUUCCAGGGCCGCAGGUCAUGUUUUUAAAGCCCAACUACCAAAGAUAACAUUACAGGAAAAUGGGUUCUCCCAGGACAGGCGCUGACAAGUGCGCGUGGGCUCCCCGGGACGCGAUCUGACCUUCAGGUUGACCUUCUACCACGUUGCCUUGACAAAAUUCCAGCAGGAGGGCUGACAGUGCAUGCUUAGGUUGCAGUGGGAGCCCUGCUGUCCCAGAGGCUGCGCGCACGUUUGUCCAGCGGCGGCGAGGAGUCCGAUCAGGAGGAGCUGCGCACAGAAACGCCGCGACAGUUGAGACGGGCUUCACGCUGGUGGGAAACGGACGGCGGCGGCCUCUCUGAGCCAGAGGGGAGGCAAGAGGGUGUUCAGACCUGCCCCCUCGUGCACCCUCCUGGCUCCUGUGGAGGCCGGCGCAGCACGGCGGGGUCGGGGGCUGCUCCCUUGCUCUGCCAGCGCACUCCCCUUGUCCCCUAAACGGCAGGCGCAGUCCUGCGUGCGGCGAUCCCGCCUCACGCGUUUGACUUACAGACGGACGGUCGUAAGGACUGAGGAGCUAACAGCACGCAUCCAGCAGCCCACACAUCUUGUGUCAGGAUUCUCAGUAUCCGUGCUGGCAGCCUUUCCCCCGCAUAGCUGGUUUUCCCCAAGUUCGUUAGCAACUUUUUUGUUCUAGCUUUUCCUUGACUAAUUUGGAGAACUUUGUAUUGAGAACUUUGGUUAUCCAAAUUCAAAGACAUGAACAGUUUUGGCACAGAAGAGUCCAAAGGACAGGCCAGUGUCCGUGGAAACUGGUUCUAUGCUAACGCGUUGGCAUGUUGGUCUCUGGCGCGCUCAGUAGGCCAGGUUCAAGGGCACCUGCCGCCCUGCAGCCCUUCUCAGCCAUCUGUCCCACCCCCAGGGAGUGCCCCCAGCUGACCUGGUUCCUGAUGUCGGGAGCACCCUCGGCUCUGAGAGCGCAGCGUGCGGCAGGGAGACACGGGUUGGGGUAGAGCCUAACUACGGCAUUAUUUUUAUAGGUUUUCUAUAUCUGCCAUAUCCGCCGAUGACACUUCAGGUACAAAGCAGGGUGCCGAGCCAGUGGCCAUCAUGCCCUCCGUCCCAGCUCUGUUCCGUGUGUUAUUUUUUCCCUUGUGUUCCUGGCUGAACUCUCCAGGGAGGUUGCAGAGCAUCUUGCAUACACUGUCUGCCUCAGCCUUUAAACGCUGACUUGCCUGACCUCUUGGAGGAGGUGUUCUGUCUCCACCCAGCUCUCGGCAGCCUUCCAGACACAGCCGUUCCCUGACUUCGUGCGGCUGAGUAUAACCCAGGCUGAGCCCGGCCUGGAAAAUGGGCCGCAAGCCCUGUCACGCCGUUCCUCACGGAUGUACUUGGUGGUGUUCCAUGACAUGGGCUUUCUGUUCUUGAAAGAUGUAUAUAUUUUCUUACUGUACAUAAAGAUGUUCCUUAAGUGGUGACAGAAAGCGAUGCAGCAAGGGGCGUGGGCAAGUUAUUGAGAAUGCGUUUGUGCAACUUCAUGUGUAGUCAGACCCCAGCCCUCAACAUUAUUGUCAGACAGUUUGACAUAAAUCUCUUGGGAUAGCACCAUAUAUGCAUUACCUUUUUAAACAGGAUUCCAGGCCAAUCUGGAAUACUUCCACAUCUUUAGUUCGAAGGAGGUUUUCCUGACCUGUCCAGGGACCACACGAGCGCUUGCUGGUUUGAUGUGUCCACUUCAGAGGCCGGGAAGUUCUAAGUCCCAAUCUAGGGUCACUUCGCCCCUUUCCGCAGAGGGCUGCCGGACAGCACAGGGCUGUGCUUCUCUGCUUGACAUUCUCGUUUAGGAAAACUGGAAGCAGAAAUUGAAGUGCAGCCCCUGGAAGCCUGCCCUCUCCGCUUCCCGUGCCAUUGAUUUUCAGGAUGUGAGCCUUCAGGUUUGGGACCUCUGUGCAGCUGGCACUUCACAGUCGGAUGCUGUGUCCCCACCAGUCAUUGAAAUCCCAUCUGGAAAAACGUUCACUUUAAAGGGUACUUUUUAACUGCUCAGAUUUUGACUAUUUUCAAUAGUUUGCUGAUAGAAAACCCCUGAUAGCACUUGCUACAUAUCAUGUUUUAAUUGCUUGUACAGUUAACCUUUAAUUUUAUUUAGUAAAGUGUAUCAAACUAGGACUUUUUCAAUUGUAAAUAUGUGGUUUUAUUAAAU